AGAAGUGUAAAUCUUACAUUUAACUUGUUUCUUUCAGUAUUUGAAUUUCCGAAUGGACAACGUUUUUCUUGCAGUUACUAGAUCUUUGGCUUCAGUGGCGUAGCUGUCGGCAGUGUGGCUGCACCUGGGCCCGCGUUGUGGGCCGUGCAAAUAAAUAUUUAUUUUAUAUUGUGGUAUUCUAUAUGAUUAUCACAUUCAUACGUCGGCUGUGAGGUUUGUGGCGACUGUAAGGAAAGGUUGCACCACGGCCCGGGGUCAUCACGCUACGUCACAAUUUGGCAUGCAUAAUGUAGGCUGCACAACCUCUCUCUGGGUCCCCCAAGUGCACUGAAACUGAUACAACACCGAGUUUUGCUUUCGCAUUCCGAAGAAACGAAACUAAUCCACACCACAACUCUAGGGCAGCGUUGCCAGAUAGGGACGAUCACCUAUGUUGAGCAUUUUUAAUGAUAGUGAGCGGGCAAAAAUGGGCCUGGGCAGGUCGAUUUACCGAUAGGGUUGUAUAGAACACUGGGCUAAAUGCAAUAAAAUCUGGCAACCCUGUUUGAGGGGUGAUGCAACGGACGUUGUCGAAGCCCGCUGAAACUUGCUAGAACCUAAUGUUUUUGGUAAAUAAAUCUCAAGAAUGGCUCCUGAUCGAAGUGGAAGAGAAUUGGAAGAGCAAUGCCUACUUUGUAAAAGUUCUGAGGAGAAUGAGACCACUGGACCGUUAUCGACAAAAGAGAAUGUUACUGCCCACCAGAACUGCUUGUUCUACUCAUCUGGGAUAUUUUGUAAAUGCACUCCUGAGUUUGACGACUUGUUUGGUUUCUCUGUGGAAGAUGUCCGCAAAGAGACAAAGAGGGGAAACCGACUGACUUGCCAUAGGUGUAAGAAGAAAGGGGCCACGGUGGGUUGUGAGGUGAAACACUGUUCGAGGUCCUACCACUUCCCCUGCUCUGUGCUCGACAAGGCCUACAUUAGCGAAGACAGCACAAAAGGGGAAUAUAUGAUGUACUGUCUGAAACAUAAUCCAAAUUCAUCAACUGAGAUGGUCGCUGACUUAGAGGCUGGACCCUCAUCACACAAUAAUGUCUCCAAAACGCCUGAAAACCAACAUCAGAAAACACUCAAGAGACGACUGAGCUUCUCUAAUGAACAGGAAGUGACAUCCCAAAAAAAGGUUAAGGGGAGGAUAGUGGAUGAUUCCUUCUGCUCAGGUGGAGAUGUGGAUGAGGCUGACAUUGGGCUCCCCCCACUGGAGUCGGAUCUGGAAGACUCUGCAAACCAAACUCCUGCGGAAGUCUCCACACUCACCUCAAAAAACGCGCUUGAAGAUAUAGAUGACGAUGUAACAAUCAUUGACUCAGAUUCAGAGUCUGAGAGUCUGCUGUUGCCGGUCACUUUGUGUUUGGGGUCUAUCAAAUCCUAUCAGGAAUCAGGUCGACACGGCGGCUCUCUCACUGCGAGUCAUAAUCCCAUCUCGCCUGCCGACACCGGCACCCCGGAAUGCACAGUCUCCCGGUCAGCGUCCCCUGUGCCCCCGGUCUCCCGGUCAGUGUCCCCGGUCUCCCGGUCAGCGUCCCCUGUGCCCCCGGUCUCCCGGUCAGCGUCCCCUGUGCCCCCGGUCUCCCGGUCAGUGUCCCCGGUCUCCCGGUCAGCGUCCCCUGCGCCCCCGUUCUCCCGGUCAGUGUCCCCUGUGCCCAAGGUCACCCCAGAGUCCCCUUUCUCCCCAGUCUCCCCAGAGUCCCUGGUCCCGGCGGUCCUCACUAAGUCCCCUGUUGCCCGGAAGUCCAUGGUCCCCCCAGAGUGCCCCCUGGUCGCUGCGUUGCCAUCUUCCUCCGUUCCUUGUUUUCCGGGUCCGGAUUCACCCAGCGGUUCUGCUUCUGACUCCAGCACUGCGGUCAGCAGAAUGUUCUGGAGGAGGUGCAAUGAGGCUCAGUGCACAGAAUCCUUGUUUGAUGCCUUAAUAUUGGACCUGGUUGGCAUGUCCAAGAGGAUCAUUUCAGACCGGGCCAGUCAGGAAGAUUGUGACCUUGCUCUGAACGUGAUGAAGGCUUCUGGGAAAUUACCCCAGAUGCUCUCACAGCAGGAAGACGAGUUUAAGAAGGCACAGAGUGAGCUACAGAGAGCUGCAGCAGCCAUAAGGGAAGCCAGAUCAACUUUGGAGAAAUAAGCAGCGCUGCCAGACAAAACCCCAUCUCCUAUAAUAGUGGUGGGGAAUUACUUGUCCUUAUGGGAUUUUAGAGUUCUGCUGUGAAGAAAUGUGUUCUACUUUCAAACCUUCUUAUAAUCUUAAAAACUAAAAUUUUAUGCUUUCAAACCACAAACUUGGGAACAAAUGAUGAAACAAGCAGAAGUCCAACAAAGCUCCUACAAUCACCGUCCACUUUGUGGUAUGCCUGUCUCGUACCCGGGUCCCUGUUUACUGCCCUCCAUUUCAAGGUUGACAUUGUGCUUCCAGAGAACCUGCUACACACCACUACUGUAAAAAGUGGAUAUUUCAGUAUUUGUGUCACUUUCUGUCACCUGACCUUUCUCCUUUCAUGAACUAGUGUCCGGUGAGUGUAUAUGUAUAACUUCUGUACUGUGGACCUGUUUUGGUUCAGUCUAGUCUGUAUUAAUUGUGACUGAGCCAACACACAGCACUCUGCAUGGGAGCAGUUAACAAUGGAAACAGUGAAUAUACAUCACAUUAUUGCGAUGAACUUGUGCAAUACAGGAUUUAAUCAGGGCCUAACAGGAUUUAAUGGAGGUACUGCCAAAUCAUGUCAGGAGAAUUGCCGGCCCAUCACAAACUGCUCCUCCUCAUUCUUCUGUUUAAUAAUUUGUAUUUGCUCACUUU